CGACUGAGCGCACUUCCUUCCUUGCGCUUGCCUCUUGCGCAAAAUCCCUACGCAUUUCACCUACGGCUUUCAACCGAACAAACAAGGUCUUUUACCUCCCAAGAUGCUCGGCGGAGAUAGCGGCGUGAUUCCGGCCUGGAGCCCAAUCAUGCUCCAGUCUGUCGAAACCAACUACGAUUCCCUGCGCAAAGAACCCAUCUACGUCCAAAUCGCCUCAGUCCGCUCCACAGGCGCUCCGAAGCUUCAACGGCUGGUGUUCCUGGACUUUCUGAGUGCCGACCCGAAAGUCCUCAUUUUCGCGGCGGCGACACGCAACUCGGAGCUUAUGUCGGUUACGAAGGGGUCCCAGACGCAUGAGAUUUUUUGGCAGAUGCCGAGGAGUGGUGAGACUUUUACGAUAACAGGCCGAAUGUACAUAGUAGCAGCCCCCACAAUGUCCCACCGCUUCGGCGCGCCCCCCCGUCGCAUCGCCCUCGGCUCCACCUCCACCAACCCCGACGAAUUCUGGGAAUCCCAACGCCUGUCCCACUGGAAAAAGCUCUCCCCGCAGUACCGCGCAACCUUCACCUGGCCCGCGGCGGGUGAGCCCCACCAAACGCUCGCGAACGAGGGGUCCGUUUACCGCGAGGCCAACUCGGUGCGCAUCGUGGCGGAUACACAUACGGGGUAUAAAUAUACGCGGUUGGACGCGAUGGAUGAGGAUGUUGCCACGGGGGGUGCUGCGGUGGGCAGUGGCUUUUUGGGUGCGAUUGGGAAUGCGAUGAGAGGUGGAGGCAACGCUGCUGCGGGUGGUAGCGAGAAGGAUCAGGAGUUGAGAUGUGUGCACAACGCGGCGCUGGAUAAUUUUUGUUUGUUGGUGUUGAAGGCGCAGAGGGUGGAUCAUUACUCGCCGAACCCGGCUGGAUCGGGGCCGCCGACGAGGACGGUGGAUGAGUGUUUGAAGGAUGGGAGUUGGGUUAGGCAGAAUUUGAACCCGUGAGCGAGGGAACCAUGUGGAGGCACCCCCAUGCGCGGUCUUUUUUUGUCUAUAGAUCUCCCCCGCACCCUCUUUUUUUAUCAUUGCAUUGCCACAUUAUUCGGCGUAGAACAUAGCAUUAGUCCCCUCACAUCCGCACAAUUUGUAUACAGUGAGUUUCCCUCGUUUCCGUACAUAGUCUUCCCCUUGAUCCUU